AUGAGCAUAAUAAGCUGGAACUGCCGCGGGGUAGCGGCUCCCGCGACAGUUUCUGAACUGCACAGCAUGUGCAAGCAACUGAAGCCCGCAAUAGUGUUUCUAAUGGAGACUAGAGCUAGAGAAAGUACUAUUAAGAAGUUAAAAAGAAGAUUACAUUUUGAGCAUGUAUUUCACAUAGAACUCCGGGGGCUGUCCGGAGGGCUAUGCCUUUUGUGGAAUGAAAUAUAUAAUAUUAAUAUUUACUUCUGGAAUGAUAACCAUAUAAAAACUCAUAUUGAUGAUAGAAAAGGAAGAAUAUGGGAGUGCAAUUUCAUAUACGGAAACCCAUGUUUUGAAAGGAGAAAAGAGCAAUGGAGAGCUAUCACAGAGAACAACAUCAACAAAGGGGAACCACAACUAUUCAUUGGGGAUUUCAAUGACAUUUUAAGCCAAGAAGAGAAAAUAGGCCUACAUCCAAAGCCACAAAGUCAGGUAAGAGAAUUCAGGAAGUUUGUAGAUAUGAACUAUCUUAUGGACUUAGAUAUUAAAGGAGGAAGAUUCACAUGGUUCGAAAAUCCGAGGAAUGGAUUUAUCACAAGGGAGAGGAUAGAUAGGGCAUUAGUCAAUUGGGAAUGGAGAGUCUUAUAUCAGCAGGCAUCACUCAAAGCUUUGCCAGCUAUUAGUUCAGAUCAUUGCCCAUUAGUGCUGGUCAUAAAUCAGGUUCAAAAGGUAGAGAAGAGCUUCAAAUUUGAGGCAUUUUGGACUGAUCAUGAGGAGUGCGAGAAUAUAGUGAGAAAGGGAUGGGAAAAGGAAAACGUCCAAGGAUGCGCCUGGAAAGGAAUUACAACAAGAAUGGAAAAUUGCAAAGAGGAGCUUACGAAGUGGAGCAGGAGGACAAUAAAACGAGCAGACAAAGAAAUUCACAAGCUAAAGGAGGAGCUAAAGAAGCUACAAGAUUCAAAUUUAACCAGAUAA